AUGGACACAGAAUAUUCUAAGAGAGUGUACCAAGGCGUCCGAGUCAAGCAUACAGUCAAAGACCUGCUGGCAGAGAAGCGAUCCAGACAGACAAAUGGGCCCAGAUACACUGGAGGAUCAACCACUCCACCUUCAUUUGUGCAGAUGCCAGGGUCUCACAUGUUGCCCAGCUACUACGGUAUGAGGCGUCCCUUCAUCUCCGACUCAGACUUCUGUCCAUCCACCAAGCAGUUCUCCCCUGACGUCUAUUCCUCCUCCCUCGGGGGUAAACCGCUGGGCUGCGAGCCCUCCACAAUGUCCAGCUACUCGUCCCUCAUUGACAGCUACUACCCAGAGGCCUUUGGGGAUUACCGCAGCGCUGCCACCUUCUCAAGCUCCGGAGGAUCCUUCCUGCCCUCGUCGGCCCUCUCGUCCCUGCUGCCUCCCUUCAGUGGAGAGUCCUCACAUCUAUUUCUGAGAGACUCAUGGGAGCAGUCGGUUCCAGAGCCAGUAUCCCAGGUGGAUGCUCUCUGUCCGGACACCCUGGCCACCGUCAGCGUCCCGCCUUCCAUGCCCAGCCCAGAGCCCCCGGGCAGCCCCUCCCAGUACCGGUCCACCAGCCGCGGCUCCUCCAUGGCUUCCGUCUCCAGCAGUCAGCCCUACACCCUGCACUCCCUGGAGGACGCCCACUACCACCCUUUAACGACGAGCAGCUCCUACCCCUCCUCCUCCUUCCCUUGUCCUCCCUACAUGAGCAGCCCCACCAACGACCUGGUGUCCAAGAUGGUGACAGAUGAGGUCGACAGCCACAGCGGCCUCCCACCCAGUGGUGAGGCUCAAGCCUCCUGGGCAAAGGAGGAUGGGGUGAGCCCUUGGUCGCCCUACGAGAUCAGGAGGACCUACUGACUGGGUGACAGGCCAGAGGUUCAGAAUGUAGAUGAAGAUGAGUUUCACAGACAGUUAAACAAUGAACUCAACAACCACAUGACAAUACAGAGAAAAAUUCUGGGAGGUGUUUUAUUGAUAGGACAAUUUCAAUGCAUUUCCUCAACAUCAGUGUGCUCAUAUUAAAGCCUGAUCUUUUGGGAAAUUCCUACUGAUUUGUAUGGGGAAAAAGGUAUGUCUUUUUGAAAAGCAUGGACUUGAUCAGAAAAAAUAAUAAGCUUUAAAACUGAAAACUAAACAAACAACAAUAACAAUUUAAUGUUUUAGUAAAGUAAAUAAGAUAGGAAAUUCAAAUCCAUGGUGUAUGAUAUGAGAAUUUGUGCUUGUUAUAAAAAACCAUGUGAACGUGUUACAUGUUAAAGACCAUUAAACGUACGUGGUUCUUGUACCACAGGGCGUGUGGUGCUUCUGCAGUUCUGCAGUAUGGGGUAAGCUUGUGGAGUAGCACAGCUAAUUUGAAAAAAUAAAAAUUUUGAUUUAUUACAACGUAAAGUUUAUAUGUUCACAUAUUUGUGUUUAGGUGAAAAUACAUGUGGUGUGUGGCAGA